AUGGCUACUACUGCUACCACCACCCCUACUCUUCAAACCCUUUUCUUCUUUUUCCUCUUAUCCCUCUUCACUCUCUCCGAAGCCCGACGAGAAUCUGCCGCUCCAGACUCUCUACCCCUUCCUAUCUGGAAAGAUGAAAGCACUCUCCAGUAUAUAACCCACCACAUUGCUCAAGGUACUCCACCUAUCUCCCUCAAGCUGGUUCUAGAUGUUGGAGGUCCUUUCUUAUGGCUUGACUGCCACUCCACCUUCGUCUCCCAAUCCUACUUCCCUGUCCGGUGCCGUUCCAUCCAAUGCUCUGCCGCCAGAACUACCGGAGGUGGGUUCUGCAACUGCAACAACAGCAACAACAACAACAAAGACGAUGAAAUCUGUCAUUUAUAUCCACAAAACCCCAUAUCCCACAAGGCAUCAGCUGGGGAGCUUGUGGAAGAUAUCCUUCACUUCACAUACCCAUCCAACGCUAGCGCCCACACAAGAUUCCUCUUCUCUUGUGCCCCAAAUUUGUUAUUGAGUAGCCUGGCCAGCGGCGCCCAAGGAAUGUUAGGCCUUGGAAGUAACCGAAUCUCACUUCCAUCGCAAAUUGCUGCAGUCUUUGACUUCCACCGGAAAUUCGCCAUCUGCUUGCCGCCUUCCUCUUCACAAGGUGUUAUUUUUUUCGGUGAUGGGCCGUACAUGUUGCAAUCUGACAUGGAUGCCUCAAAGUAUCUGAUGUACACUCCACUGAUCACGGCAAAUUCUAAUGAACGGAGAGUUGCAGGUCCAGAUCCCUCCGCCGAUUACUUCAUCGGAGUGAAAUCGAUCACGAUCAAUGGAAAAUCUGUACAGUUGAAUUCAUCUUUGCUAUCGAUAGAUGGAGAAGGCAGAGGAGGAACAAAGAUAAGCACAGCUGUCCCAUACACCACAAUUGAAACAUCUAUCUUUGUUGCUGUCACAAAAUCUUUCAGUGAAGCAGCGAUCAACAACUUUAAUAUGACUCGAGUAGCACCUGUACCACCUUUUCAGGAGUGCUUCAGCUCAAAAAACAUUGUUAGUGCCAGAACAGGGCCGGUAGUGCCGACCAUUGAUCUGGUGUUGCAGAGUGAGAUGGUGUAUUGGAGAAUUUGGGGCUCAAAUUCAAUGGUGAGGGUAAAGGAGGAUGUGUUUUGCUUGGCUAUGCUGGACGGGGGAUGGAGACCCAUUAACUCGAUCGUAGUUGGGGGAUAUCAGUUGGAGAAUAAUCUUUUACAGUUUGAUCUUGCCAGUUCUAGAUUAGGCUUCUCUUCCUCACUAUUGACCAGACAAACAACUUGCUCUCCCUCUCCUGGAGGAUCCUCAUAUCAAAGAUAAUUUUCUUCUUCUUCUUCUUG